UAUGGCACACGUCAGCACAGUGCGCCCUCUACUUCAUGACUUAUAUUUGUAUAUGUGAUGUGGAGAAUAGAUUGGCUUAUGUAAAAAAAAAGAAAAUUAUAUUAGGUUAAUAUAAAGCACGUAGCGCGUUAGAAUUAUUUCUCAAAAUGGUACUUAUCGCUGCUGCUGUAUGCACGAAGGCGGGAAAAACUAUUAUUUCCCGUCAGUUUGUCGAAAUGACAAAAGCAAGAAUUGAAGGAUUACUGGCUGCAUUUCCAAAGUUAAUGAGUUCUGGUAAACAGCAUACUUUUGUUGAAACAGAAUCUGUGAGAUAUGUUUAUCAACCUUUAGAAAAAGUAUAUAUGUUACUCAUUACAACCAAGGCUAGUAAUAUCUUGGAAGAUUUAGAAACUUUACGACUUUUUGCAAGAGUGAUCCCGGAAUAUUGCACUUCAAUGGAUGAACUUGAAAUAGCGGAUAACGCAUUCAAUUUAAUAUUUGCAUUUGAUGAAAUAGUUGCAUUAGGAUAUAGAGAAAGUGUAAAUCUUGCACAGAUUAGAACUUUUGUGGAAAUGGAUUCUCACGAGGAAAAGGUUUAUCGUGCAGUAAGGAUGACUCAAGAACGUGAAGCUAAAAAUAAAAUGCGUGAGAAAGCUAAAGAAUUGCAGAGGCAGCGAAUGGAAGCAAACAAGAAAACCGGUAUUAAGAAUCCAGGUUUUGGUAGUAGUUACGGGAGCGGCGGUGGUUUCACUCCAACUCCUACGGUCGGAGACACUGCCAAUUUUGUAUCAGAUUCAGUUAGAUCAACGUAUACCCCAGUACAAAAGCCAGCUAAUACUGGUCCAGGUGCAAUGAAACUUGGCGGAAAAUCUCGCGACGUUGAUUCGUUUGUUGAUCAAUUAAAAGAAGAAGGUGAAAAUGUUGUAAGCACUCCACUUACGGCAUUGGGAACAAAGCCUGUGCCAAUCAGUCCUCAGAUAAUUAAUACUGAACCUGUUCAUUUGCGACAAGAAGAGAGACUUAACGUACGUGUCGGCCGUGAUGGAGGUCUUCAACACUUUGAAUUACAUGGUUUAGUAACAUUACAUAUCUCUGAUGAAAAAUGGGGUCGUAUCCGUGUCCAGCUUGAAAAUAGGGAUUCGAGAGGAAUUCAGUUACAAACUCAUCCAAAUGUCGAUAAAGAAUUGUUCAGGACUCGUGGUCAAAUUGGAUUGAAAAUACCUACUAAACCAUUCCCAUUGAACACAGAUGUUGGUGUAUUAAAGUGGCGUUUACAAGCUCAAGAUGAAACAGCAUUACCAAUUUCAAUAAACUGUUGGCCUAGUGAAAAUGGUGAAGGAGGCUGGGAUGUAAACAUUGAGUAUGAAUUAGAACAAGAUGAUCUUGAAUUAAAUGAUGUAAACAUAAACAUUCCGCUUCCAAUUGGGUGCACUCCUAUAGUAAGCUCGUGCGAUGGUCAAUACACACACGAAACGAGGAAAAAUAUAUUAGUAUGGUCGCUACCACUAGUCGAUGCCUCAACGAAAUCUGGUUCAAUGGAAUUUUCUGCCCCAUCUUCUACAUCUGCAGAUUUCUUUCCACUUCAUGUUUCUUUCGCAUCAAAGACGUCAUAUGCCAAAAUUAAGAUCACGGAAGUUAUACUAGUAGAAGAUGAAAGUCCUGUAAAGCAUUCUAUAGAAACAGUUUUCUUUACUGACAAUUACGAAGUGGUAUAAGUUGCAGAGAAUGUAGAUAAUAGUCUACAUACGCUUUGAACACACGGAAGUGAAUACGGUACACUGGAAAACAUAAUUUUAAUAAUAAGUAACUAGCCUAAUUAGUAUUCAUAUGCCAAUCAGAUUUCUAUUUCCAUAUGAUCAUUUAUUUGAUGAUCCAUGGUCACUGCAAAAAUGUAUUGCAGUAUAUUAAUGUGCACAUUACAAUCAUAUUGUUAUAAUGUAUGUUCAAUAUUAAUUUAUCAGAUAUAAAACUGCAAAAAAAGCCGUAUUUUAAUUAAAACAAAAAAAAAAAGAAAACAAAAGAAAGGAUAAACCUCUUCAGAUAUAUAAAUUUUAAUGAAUUAAUCGCGUAUAUAGGAUAUUUUAUAGAUGCUAUAUGUUUGAUUAUUUAUAUCAAAUUAAAUAUUACUAACAAAGGCUUUCAUCUAUUUUGGAGAAGAAAAUAAUUAUUUCACUGUCUAUAUGCCUUUUGUGCAUUGUUACAUACAUAUGAUGAUAUAGUGUACUAAAGAAAGAAGAAAAAAAAAAAAAAGAACAUAAAAUUGUAAACAGAGAAUUUUUUCUUCUAAUAAUUUAUUAAAUGUUAUAGUUGCACCAAUUCCUUUAAUCCUUAUACUAGAAUUAUGUAUAAAAGCAUUUAGUAUUGUGACUUUAGUUUGAGUUACCGAAAUUUAUAAAUAUUUCUUUUAUUACAUAAAAAUAUAUAUGAUAUAUAUUGAUUAUAUAAAUCAUAUUUUUUUCUUAUCAUAAAAUAUACUUUCUUAAAGAAAAAAGAUGAAAACGUAUUAAUCUUUGCAUUGAAAAAUUCUUAUCUUUUAAUCAUUUUAAUACAUACUUAUGGAACACAGUUAAGCCAUUUAUGCAUAUAUAUAUGUGUGUGUGUAUAUAUAUAGAUACAUAUGUGUGUCUAGGUCUUUUUAUAUACACAUUCUGAGAUAUAAUUUCUCAAUUAUUUUUGAAUGGAUUUAUUUGACUUUUAUAAGCCGUUUCGAAUUAAUUAUGAAUUAAUACAUGUAUAUAAAUAAUAAAACUUUCAUAUUGUUAUAUUUGGAAGUAUGUAUUAUAGUUAAAAACAUAAUAAUAAAAAAGUAUAUAUUUUACAUUAAUACAUGCUUAAAACAAAGCAAAUUAUUCAAUAUUGCAAAGUGAUGCAAUUAAUGGAUAUGUCAAAUGAAAGCUAAUAUUGUUUAAAUUUUUUGGAAUCAUUAGAUCGUAUUUAGAGAUAUUCUAAAAUAAAAACGGUGGAAAUUAUUAUUUAUCUACCCUGAUCAUUACCAAUGUGUAGAAACUGUUAAUAUUAAGAGGAUAAUAGGUAGAGUCUAUAUAUAUAUUAUAAUAAAAUUAUUUUUACUGGUA